UAAAAAUUGAGUGAAAUUUUUGGAGAGAUAUUGGGCCAUGUUCCAAGACUAGCUAGAUUGGGAGUUCUGGGUUCGAUCUCAGGGUGGACAUAAGUGAUUUAUCUUUCGAGCGAAGAGAUUUGAGGGAGAGAGAUGAGCGGAGCUGUAGCAUCCGCGUCGUACCUAGCUCGAAGAGCAGCGCAGAAGGAGAGAGUGCGGAUUCUAUACCGCCGUGCCCUCAAAGACACACUCAACUGGGCCGUCCAUCGCCACCUCUUCUAUAAUGAUGCCGAUGCUCUCAGGCAGAGGUUCGAUGCUAACAAACACGUGGAAGAUAUUGAAACAAUUGAUAAGAUGAUAGAUGAUGCUGAAGCCACCUAUAAUAAGUGGAGGCAUCCUGAUCCUUAUAUUGUUCCAUGGGCUCCUGGUGGUAGCAAAUUUAACCGCAAUCCAGAGCCUCCUUCUGGGAUUGAGAUAAUUUAUAACUAUGGCAAGGAAGACAACGAUUAAGGAUAAUCCUGAAUCCUUUCUCAAUGAAGUACUUUGAGAUUUACGAAGGGCACACACACUUUAGAAGAUUCUGAUCCAUGUUUCGUGUCCCCCCGAGUGAAGUUUGUGUAUUCAACUAUUAAUAAAAUAAAAAAUUCAGGUUUUUGUAUUUUGAUGAGCCAGUGUUUGUACUCUUGUUUAACUAAAGAUUUGCUCGCUUGGUAGUUUAUUGGUUUAUAAGCUUGCAGGUUUCAUUGAAUGUUUAUCUUGCAAACAAAUCUUUAAAUUUGCAAAGAAUUAAAUUGGAACUGGUCUAUGUUAUUUCAAUUAACCUUCGUAGAUCUCAAG